CAUAGAGUGGAAAUUGUAACGGAAAUGCAUAUAAAUACUCAUGCUUGGUGAAUGGUUAUCAAAGCUUUCCAGUAAAUCGAAAAACAAGUUUAGCUAUGAAACUCUAUCUGCUAACAAUUUUUGCCGUGUUGGUCCUUUUGGUCCUUCCACCGGCCGCAAAUGCGCAAGGGGAGAGUACCAGCGAGGAACCACCACCGUCAAAUUCUACAAGACCUCCAUGUCCUCCUGGUCCUCCAGGCCCUCCAGGUCCUCCAGGCCCUCUAGGUCCUCUAGGCCCUCCAAAUACUACACGUCCUGGACCAGGACCAUUCAGACCUGGACCCUUCCAACCAUUUUUCCCCAUAAGACGUUUUCCUUUUCCUCCAUUCAACAUAACUGGAAAUUUCAGUGGCCGUCCCUUCUUUCCAUUCUAGUUCUUAUGCCCAACAGCUAGACCAUCCAGAUUUGCUGAAAAUGAAAAUGAAGCACAAAUACCAAUAUCUCGCAGCUCCUUGUUCCCACUUUCUUCUGUUGACUCUGAUGACGAUGCUAGCCCACGUGUGCAGGAUGGAGAUGUCAAAGCGCCACUUGUAAGAGAGUCACGUGGUGCUUUCUUUUGAUCCUUAAGUCAACUAGAAGCCAUAUUCCACUUUAUUUAAUAGUUUAUUGUAAUUGGUUUAUUUUUUUUUUUCGUAAAAAUAUUAUGAAUAUUAUUGAUAAUCAGAAAGAGCAAAUAAAAUAAAUGUAAUAAGCAUAAAAUAUA